GUUGUUUCAGGCGAGCAGUGUGAGAGGCGAUGAAGCUUUUCCAGUUAAAAGAUGAUCGCCUCACUUUCUAGAGGAAGUUUGCUGGAUGAAGUUCUGCAUGGAGGUUUUAACGAGCAACAGCUGGCAGCCUAUGUUUCCUGGGUGAACUCUCAGCUGAAGAGGAAACCAGGGCUGAACCCCAUCACGGACCUCAGGCAUGAUCUACAGGAUGGGGUGGUGCUCACACAGCUCAUAGAGAUAGUUGCUGAGGAAGUUCUUGAAGGAGUGUACGUAUAUCCUCAAAGCAAAGAGGAAAGCAGGAAGAAUGUGGAGCAAGUCUUACAGUUCAUUUCCUCCAGGCACAUACGCAUGCCGCACAUAUCAGCUAGAGAUAUUGUGGAUGGGAAUCUGAAAUCUGUUAUGAGGAUCAUUCUGGCGCUGGCUGCCCACUUCAAACCUUCAGCCAAUCACAGGGCUGCUUCUGCAAAUGGGAGGGGCUUGACACGAGGCUCUUCCAGCCACAACCCUCUCUCCACUGUUGCACUAGCACAAGGUGCAGCUGCUGCACUGGCGUCAGCACGACAUGACGCCUCACAGCCUGCAAGUGCCACACGCAUCCACUGUGGCUGGGGGUUGGAUGCGGACAAGAGUGUGUGUGUUCGUGCACUGGUUGAGCAGUAUGAGAGAGGAUCUCCAGAGGAGCAGGACAGUCUAAAAUUGAGCAGCCUCAGCUCAGUCAGUCCGCUGUCAUCUCCAAGAGCUCCGCCCAGCAUCCACUCAGACAGACAGCAGGAAGAUCGCCAACAACAGGAGAGCAGCGCCGAUUCAUCUCAUGGUAUAGUGGAGACAGCUUGGGAGGACUCUGUCAGUGAAACUUUGGAGAAGGAGGUGCAGGAGACACGUAAAAUGGUUUCUGCUCUACAGGCUCUGCUGCUGCAUGGUUCACUGCCUGAGGAUGAGCAGGAUGUUUCAUUAACUUUGGAACAAGGCAACACUGAACAGCAACUGGUUGUCAUUCGCAGUCGCUUGGACCAGAGUAUGGAGGAGGCUCAGGAGCUGAAGAGGGAACUGUUGCGCUGUAAGCAGGAGAUGAGAAACCUGCAGGGAGUCAAGGAGGCCCAGCAGCAGAGGCUCUGUACUCAGGAGGCAUCGAUACUGCAGAUGAAACAAGAACUUCUCAGAGCCAGCAUGACCAAGGAUGAACUCAACAACCAGAAGGCAGAGCUGCAGUGGAAGCUGGAGGAGUGUACCAGACUGUGGGGUGAAGGCAAGAAGGAAAUAGGACAGAAGGACAGACUACUGCAGCAACUGAAACACAAGCUUGAGGAAAGCCAAAAACAGCAGAGUGAAUUGCAAAAAGAGGUGGAGCAUAAAAACAACAUGUUGCAUGAGCUAAUGAACCGAGAUCUGCAACAGAUUUCCACUAGCACAGAAAACAAUGGAUAUUCUCACUCAGGAAAUCCAGCUUCCUCUGUGUCAAGUGCAGAGGAGGUUCAGCUCCUCAGAGAUGCACUCAGGAGUUUGAGGAACAACUUCAGAGACCACGACCCGCAGCACCAUACACUGGACACCCUGGAGCAGGGCAUUGUGUCACUCAUAGACAGACUGCAUGUUUUACAUGCACACCGGGGAAGAGGAAAAUCUCCAAGACGCAAAAGUCAGCACACUGACUCUGACUUGUGGCCAAAGGUUUCUCAACCCCACAGCAGUUCAGCUGCCUCCACUAAAAUCCUUUAUUUCACCGGAAAAUCCCCAACACCUUCCAUGAUCAAUAUACCGAAGAGGCUGGGCGAAGUGACUCUCAAAGAUGUUAAGGCAGCUGUGGCUCGAGAGGGAAACUACAGGUACCACUUCAAGGCCCUGGACCCUGAGUUUGGCACUGUGAAAGAAGAGGUGUUCAUGGAUGGAGCAAUUGUUCCUGGCUGGGAAGGUAAAAUAGUGGCCUGGGUUGAGGAGGACCGUGGCGAGGAAAGGCCAUUGUAGGUUAGCAGAGGAGCCACAACCAUUUUUUGUUUUUGCUCCUGAUCCCAGAAGCUCAUCAGGACAGUUGUUCAGACAGAAGGCACAAGUGGACACUUACUGAGAUUUGACUUAUUAAAAAAAUAUUUGUCAGCAAGAGAUUUGGAUUGAUCAGAUGGUACUAAACCCUCGUGAUAACCCUACUCACCUUGAAAACAGUGAAUCUGUGACUGAUGUUUGUAAUAUCGUAGAACUCAGUGCCUUGCAAAGGAAAGUCAUUUCCAUCAUGUGGUUAUUAGAGCCAGGCUGUAACUGUAGCAUCUAAAUUGGACUCAAAAGUAGCCAGAAGCAUAAUGUUUGAUUAACAGUAGUGAUGUUUCAUAUGUUUGUAUGAGGAACUGUAAAUAAUUACAAAGUCAUUUUCAAGUGUUGGGUAUAGUUUUUCAUUCCUGUGCAGCAAUAUUGUCUUAAAAACCAAUACCACCAUUUAAAAUGUUAGAGAUAUGUGUCGUCCAUUGUUCUUGAUUGUGAAUGUAAAAUGAAUAUACAGUAUUGUCUAUAGUAGCAGUGAACAGGAAAAUAAUUUUGCUGGGUUAGAAAAAUACCAUUUCUAUAAUUGUAUAAUACUAUUAUAUAUAUUAUUAAUACAAGGACAGAAAAUAAUAGAGCAACAUUAUAAAACAUUAACUUUGAUUAGUGGUGCACACAGUUUCUCCCAACGGCUGACAAAAUACACAGAUUAGAUACCAGCUACUAUUCAUAUGAUUAUGUUUUAUAUUAGUUACAUUUGCUGGCAGAAAGACGGAAGAUGAUGGUCAUGUGGAGAUGUCCAAAAAGAAAGGUCCAUUGCAAAAAAAAAACCUGAAUGUAUUUUAGACAAGAAGGACCCAGAUUUAAUUUAAAUCUCAGACUGUAGCACACCUGCAUGCAUGUUCACGGACAUGCUCAACAUGAACUGCUGUCAACGAAUAGAAAUGAUGCUUGGAUGUUCAUGUUCAUGUGGGAUGAAAAAAAGCACUGCUAUUUUGUUUACUUUAUGAAAUUGUUUUGUACAUUUGUGUUAAGUAUUUUCAUCAUAUCCUUAAAUAUUUGAAGUUUAUGAGGUUUUUUGUUUGUUUAAAGAGAGGUUCUUAUACAAUUAGAGCGCUUCUGCUCCUGUUUAAAAGAUGAUGUGGAUGUGAAUUUGACUUGAGAUUUAAAGGAUAGACUUUUGAGCUGGAGUAACGGACCAUCCCAGUAUUUAUAGUUUGUGUGUGUAUGUGUGUAUGUGGACUCAGGAUGGACCUUUGACAGCUAAAUAUCAGAACAACUGUAAAGCAAAAAGUGAUGAUGUGAUGCAGUAAAACCUGUACAGGAACACAGUCUGUACUGAAAACACACACUGGUAGAGACUGAAACUGACUAUCACACACUUUUUCCUUCACUGUGCUUCUAUCUUCCCAUCGGGAUCAUUGUGUUUGCCUUCUCUAACAAGCCAAUAGAAAUAUGCAUCAGUCUUAUGUUUAACUAAGACCUGUGUGAAUGCCAUAACUGCCUGAACUGUAAAAUGUACAAUGUACUGGUGAGAUGGUUAUUUUCUUUAGAAUAUGUUUGCUGAUUUUAUUUUAUUUUUUACAAACUAUGUUUAAAAAAAAUAAAUACAUAAAGAAUGGCUUUUGUUGAUUGCUCAAAAAGACUGAAAUUGUGAAAUAAAAUCUGAG